UACAGUUGGAAGAGAAAAAAUGAAAAAACUAUGAUAGAAAAUGUAAUAUUUAUUUGUCGCUACCAAAAAUCGUAAUUUUACAGUGUAAUAAGUGAAUGUUUUCAAAAAACAUAUGACUGCUGAGCAGGAUGACUAGAAAAUAUGUUUCACUUGAAAAUAUUAUGUUAUUUUUUAUUCUACGUUUAUUCAUUUAUUUAUUUUUUAUUUUGGACAGGCCGCUUUAGUGGCGAAAUCGUGUUUUUAACAGCGCAACAUCGGAUAUCUUUCACCGGGCCGUUAAAUAAUGUAUCGUGGCGUUUAUUGAGUGGCCUCAAGGCGACCAGUUGACAGCUGCAAGUAAACGUGCCGAUCACUUGUAAAUGCCAUGGUAUCAACCAAUCACAUCCGUCAAUGCUUACGGCGCAUGAAUAAAUAUACCUAUGAUAUUCCGUCAGAGCUUUCUUGUUUCCCAGGUUUCCAGGUCGUUUUCGAUUUAUACAGUCUUAACUUCGAGAUUCAUCGCUGAUUAUAAUUAUGAAUGAAAUCUUGCGUACUCAACAUGACUGUAUGUGAAAAGUGAUGAAGAUCCUACGCUAAUUUAGUCAAAGAUUCUGAUUCCUUGAUUUAUAUAACUAGUCUCACUCCAUUUACUGUAAGUUUACUAGCUAUAUGUUGAUUAGUUUUCUCUCUUUUAAUCUACGUAACGAACUUCGGACAAUUACCCGAGAGAGCCCCAUUGUUCCCGUGACAGCCCCGUGACGGUCAAGAAGGACAUGCCCGUGACAGCCUUCACAAGGUGCUCGUCCCGGGGUGCUCGUUUGACCGUCACGGGUUUUCCGCUAACAUCAUAUCGAUUCCCAUUGUUCUAGAAAUUUAUUUAUCCACCUACCCAAAAAACAAGUUCAAUUGCAGCUUGCUAAAUUUCAGUUUCGACAUUUCUUCAUUUCACUUUUGUUGAAUGCGCUUGAUUUAAAAUUCAAAUUGCCACAAGGAAAAAUAUUCCACGAUGUCAAGAUUAUUAUCGAAAAUGAAAAUUCUCGGAGUUGAGAUCCUGGUUUGAACCUUCGUCUUGGCAUUAUAAUUAACGGUUAAAUGCUGGUGAAGAAGAUUAUUACGGGCCACUGAAAUAGAAAUAUGGAUUCGUUUGGGAAAGAAGCUCUGGAAGCCCACAACAACUUUAGAAAAGCUCAUCAAGCUCCUCCACUCACAUGGUCCAGCGCCCUUGCACGAGACGCCGAGGCAUGGGCCAAGCAAAUUGCGCGCGAAGGCCGACUACGCCAUGACGACACGAAAGAUGGCGAAAAUGUUUUUAUGGUGUUUGGGCGGGAAAUUGACGGUAACGACGCUGUAAACAGCUGGUACAGCGAAGUGAAAGACUACAACUUUAGCAAAUCUGGUUACCAGUCGAACACCGGUCACUUCACACAAGUCGUUUGGAAAGGGAGCAAAGAGCUGGGAAUAGGCAGGGCUAAGAGUGCCGACGGGAAGGUGUUCGUGGUAGGCCGUUACAGGCCGGCGGGAAAUAACAUGAGGGCUUUUAAAGAAAAUGUCUUCCCGUCAAAGGACGGGCCAGUAAAAAUUCCCGAAAAGGAACAGUCUAAGAAAUGCUCCACACCUGUGCACCAGCGGCAGAAACACGAGGAACGACCUACUGGAGCUGGCGAGCAUCGUAGAGAGGAAACGGUGAGGAACUUAUAAUUAACAGUUAGACCCGUAGCCCGGCUUCGCCUCAUGGGCUAUUGACCCGUGGCCUUUGAGUGCGAAGGGUCUAAGGGUCUAAUCAGCAAAUGCAAGUUGAAGAAAUAUUUAUUUCGGAAU